AUGAAAAGUGAUGUUAAUUGUUACCAUGUUCACUGUCAACUUUCACCAUUAAAACCAGCUGGAAUAGAGACCAAAUCGGAAGGGCUCUGCACUGCUGAUUAUGAUGAGUUUUGUAAAGAUUGUACUAAGGAGAGACUUUUGCAUAGUGACCUGCACCAUGGAAGUCCCAAAACUGUCUGCAGCAGAAGUGGAGAAAAGCCAGUACAUAACAAAGAAAACCAACAAGUAUCAAGGAAGCAUGAUGUGAGUGCCAAUGAGGCGGACAUUGGACACGAGGACAGUGGAUACUCUUCUUUGUUGGGCAAUCACCAUGAGCCCACUGAACACGAGGACAGUAUACUAUUGGCAGGAAAUAUUAGUGAUACACCAAACCACAGUUUCAGUAGAAGAAAGAAUUUGUUACCAGUCCUCCAUUUUCAUGAACUUGUCUGCUCAACUCUGAAAAAAACUAGUAGAAGAAAUCCCAAGUCAUGGGCUCUAGUCUUAGAUAAGAUGGUUUCCAGGCAAAGUGUGGACUUCACAAAUCUAAUUGGCAAGAACAUGGGAUUAGAUAGCUUGGACAUUCUUGGUGAAUUAUUCCAUAGGAAGUUCAGACAUUUGUUAGCAAAUAUCUUGAGACAUCUUGAUUACAUGGACUUGAUAAAUGUGGCUAAAGUAAGCACAACCUGGAAGAAAAUUCUAGAGGAUGACAAGUGGGCUUUACAGAUGUAUAACAAAGCACUAAAAUUCACUUUGAGUAACAAUGCUGCAUCCUCCAAACUGUUGGAUACAAGACAAUAUGUUCUUCACCGGGAAGUAUUUAGUCAUAUUCAGAAACUGGCAAGUGCACCAAGCAUCUUUUUGAAAAAAAGUUCAAGAAUGAAAGCAAACAACCAAAGUAACCAGAGCUCUUCCUCUUUCAGUCAUCACACCCUGUUUUCUGAGUUUGCGAAGACUUUGAAAAACACUGAAAGCCUGAAAGCCUGUCAUCGCUGUGGCUCUCCUGCAAAGUAUGAGUCCCAUCUCCAAAGGGCAACGUGCAUCCGUGAAGGCUGUGGUUUUGACUUCUGUACAAAAUGCUUAUGCAGCUAUCACAGUGCCAAGGACUGUGCAAGUGGGAAACCUGUGAAACCAUCCUCCAAACUAGGAUCCCUUCCUGGUACUAAAAAAAGUAAACAGAAUUUGCGAAGACUAUAAUUGGGACAUAAAUUGUGGUUAGUCAUUGUAUUGUUUUGUAGACCAAGAAGAGUGAAUAUGAAUGUACUGGUUCAUUUUAACAAAGUUUGGGGGGGGGGGUUUCAAAUGUUAAUUUUUAGGGAAAUUAAAUUAAAGGGAAUAACUUUUUAUAUGCUUUGAUUUGCCCUUUUAAAAAAAUAUUCAGAAUUUUAAACUUUUUUUUUUAGUUAUGGAAAGAGUGGUUAUCAAGCUAGCUUGUCAUUUUGAUAAGGAGACUGACAGUUGGUUUUUAUUAAGAGAGAGAGGGUAAAAUAAAUUUUAAAGCUUGAGAAUUUAUUUAUGUAUACUUCAUGCCUUCUUUACUUAAGCCUUCAGAAGUUUUCAUAUUGAAAGCCACAAUAAACAAUGGAUAUCACAUGUAUUUUUACUGUGUACUAAUACACUAUUUUAGUUUCAUCUGAUUGUGUCCUAAGCAUUGAAUGUGACUGUUUUUCAUCCAUGUCCCUGAUGUCAACAAUUGCUGGAACAAUACUGUCAUCGUGCCCAUAUUUCAUUUCCUGAUGGCUUAGCUACUCCUUCCUUGUCUUCAGAUCCUGUCUCAAAAGUGUAUAUAUUUGUAAAUACUUAAAUAUUUGUCUGUCUCUUUAUGCUGAAAAAUAAAUUUAA